UUCAAGAGAUAACACAAUAACCACUUUCCUUCUCAAAUUUUCCAAAUAAAUUACCCAUAUACUCUCUUUGUUUUCCAUCUCCACCAAUUUCCAAACCCUAAUCUCAAGCAAUCACCGAUACCCUUUUCCAUCAUCUCAUAAUUCCUUUGUGAAAUUCGCCGAUUCUUCCGAUCGAAUACGGAGUCUUUCGAUCUCUUUUUCGUUGCUAUAUUCAGGAAUCAUGGCUCUCGCCCAGACUUACUAUUCACAAGCUGGCCCUUUUCGUGGAGACUCUAGAUCUUUUUAUGGUAGAAACCAGACUAGUGGAAUGGCCCAUUCUUCUUCUUACAACCAUUCUAAAACUGUUGAUAGCCAUCUUUUCAACUCUAAUAGUUCCCAUGAUGUGGGUAGAAAUUUUAGCGAGUAUAGCUACAGUUAUGAUAAUGUCAUAAAGCCUGAGGCUGAACCUUCUUUGAAGAGGAGGAAGUGCUCCACUUCUGGUUGGGAAAGCAGUGGCAGGUACUCUCAAGCACCCAAUGCAUGUAAAGACGUUCCUUCAAAGCGGCAAAGCACAUUCUAUAAUGUUCCUUUAAGGAAUUCCAGAGCGUAUGAUGAUGCCUAUUCAACCUGUAACAAUAAUUCGACCAUUACUACCACUACUUCUAGAUCUCGUUCUGAUGCAAGCGCACCCACAUGCUCUAAGCGCGACCGCUCAUGGCUUGAAGAUACUGAAACUGAUAAUAUCUUUAUGUCUAAAGAGGAAAUUGAGAAAUGCUCCCCAUCCAGGAAAGAUGGUAUUGAUGCAAUGCAUGAAGCACAUUUGCGAUACUCGUAUUGUGCUUUCCUUCAGAACCUUGGAAUUCGCUUGGACCUGCCACAGACCACUAUAGGAACUGCCAUGGUUCUGUGUCACCGCUUCUUUGUGAGGCGAUCACAUGCAUGUCAUGACAGAUUUUUGAUUGCUACUGCUGCUCUCUUUCUUGCGGCGAAGUCAGAAGAGACUGCACGGCCUCUCAACAAUGUUCUGAAGGCCUCAUGCGAAAUUUUCCACAAGCAGGAUCUCGCAGUUCUAUCAUAUUUUCUACCUGUGGACUGGUUUGAGCAGUACCGUGAACGCAUUACUGAGGCUGAACAGAUGUUAUUGACCACUUUAAAUUUUGAACUGAAUGUGCAACAUCCAUAUGAAUCUCUUACAUCCACCCUUGAAAAAUUAGGGCUAUCUGAAACAGUGUUGGUGAAUCUGGCCCUGCAUCUUGUCAGUGAAGGGGUCUAUAGAAGGAUUAGCUUGCUCACCUGUAUGAUAUUUGCUGGCGGUUGAUAUGCUGUACAUCAAAUGUUUUGUUUUACAGUCUGAAGUUAAAACUAGCCAUUUCUUGUGGAUGCUUUUCCAUGCUGACAUCUUAAUAGUAUGGCCAUUGACCUAGAAGAAUGUCAAAGAUGCUCCAGAAGUUUGCCAUGAUACUUUAUGUUUUUCAUGUUCAAAUGAUGUGGAGUCCUCAUGUACUUUUCUCUUCAUGUAGCCUAUUCCACAGGUUGUCUACGUAGGAUGGUAGUGAUUUGGACGGGGAACUCUUCAAGGGUUGGUGGUGUUUUCUCGACCACCCAAUGGUGGGGUAUGGGUAGUCCAGAUUUUGGAACUGGUGAAUACAGGUUUUAGAAGUUCUCGUCUUGUUGGAGCAAAGAACUAUUCCUUAAGCAUGGUAUAAAACGGAGUAACAUCUUGAAGGUAUAGUAACCUUUGUGGCAGAGCAGGUCUGAGUAGACUAUUGUUUUCUGGGUUGAUAAUUUGGAAAUAGUAUCAUGCUUCGGUAAUCAGUAGUUCUGGUACCAUUUUUUCUUUCCUCAUCGACAGCAUGUAAUUGCCCUACCUCUAUUAAUGGAAGUGCGCCAUGGUCUGGGGCUUGCUGUUUUGUUCCCAGACUCCGUUUUAUGCUCCCAAUCUCUCUUUCUUUUAAAAAAGAAGAAAUUACCAGACCUUUUUCUUACUUCUCUUCUUGAUCAUCUUGAUCUUCUCUCGUUCAGCUACUAGUUACAUGCUGAAUCCCGCUUUUUGAGUUCUUCUGGUUGUUUAUGCCCUCGAUUCACUCCAUAGGCACACAUACAGCAGAACAGGUUACUGGCAGGAUAAUUCAUCGUCCAAUUGACAGAUGUAUUAACAAUUUUCACCUGCAUCUGAGUAGACAAUGCUCUUUUUCCUUACAAUUAGCAUCAAUAGAAUGAUGAGGGGCUUGAUUUCUUUCUUUUCCCUGGUUCUGUUCUUCUUGAUUUCUGAAAAGAUAUCAGACUAUUCAUAUUUGCCCUUUGGACACGUGACCAACUCCAAUGGACAAGCUAGUUCAUUUCGACGGAGCACAUAUUGGAGGACCUAAUCUCUCUCCUUUUUCAUUGCAUUGCUGCUGUAUGACUAGCGCCCAAUACUGUAGUCUGUCUCUAUGUGCUAGGAUAUUGCACUUUAGUGGCAAUGAUUCCUACCGGGGAGUCGAGGAGUGGUGUUAAAUGUUAGUGUUUUAACUCUUCUGGUUGCUUCAUGGAACUCUAAAUUUGAAGUCCUACUAUAAUCAGUAUACUUGCAGUGGCAAAGAGGGGAUUAUAAAGUUGCUGAGGUCAAGUAAUUUUUGGGUUAAUUAGAGAAGUGUUGCUGCAGUUUUUGCUAUUUCCUCAACUACUUAACUUAAAAUCAGUGUCCCAAGUUUUAUUUUGAUAUAUUAUACAUGGACACACAACAAAGAAGUCAUUAUAUUACUUAUAGACUGUAUAUUUAUAUUUAUAUUUAUAUUUAUAUUAUAUUAUAUUAUAUUAUAUUAUAUUAUAUUAUGUUAUAUUAUAUUACUUGUUUUUCUUGGUUUCAAGUUUGUUGUUCAGAGCAGAGACAUUGUAACGCACAGAAAAUUGCUAUGGUGAGGUGGAACUCUAAUAGGCAAAUUUUACUCAUUAAAUAUUUUGCACCUCUAUACUAUCUAUAUAUGUACCUAUCCAUUAUUUUUUGAAGUGUGAGCACCAUAGUGGCUUGAAAGCAAUCUUUAUGCUUAUCAAGCUUUGUGGGUGAAGGUUUAUUCACUCUAUUAAUUCAAAGAAAUGCAAUAUAUUUAUUUUCAUAAAUCUCUUUUGAAACUCUAAUAAUUUCAGAGACCAUAUACAUAUCUCUAUACCCCCCCCCC